AAACAUAUACACACCCGAGUUUCCCGGAUGUUGCCGUUAUCUCGCUCUCUAUCUCCCUCUCCUCUCCUCUCUCAGUUCAUCUCCCUUGACCGGACAGUGCACUCGUCCCUCCCUCGUUCUGACCCAAGCAGCAUCAUGGCUGCUGUGAUUUUUUUCACCCUGAUCUAUAUAGUGUGUGGGAUCUGGAGGCCGACUGUAGCUUCGUAUUACAAGGAGUGUGCCGCAGACCAGGCAGGCGAGGUGAUCAACGGACGCAUCGAGUGUAUGUUCACUGGUUGUAGACUCAAAUGCAAUUCCGGAUAUAAGCUUCAAGGCAAAAGGAAGAUUUACCUCACGUGCAACCAGGAGACGGGGCAAUUUAUGCACGACGGCCAACCUUGGCGUCAGUCCGCUCCCAGCUGUGUCCCUAACUGCAAAAAGGGGUGCCAGAAUGGGGGCACUUGCAUAGCCCCAAGCCAGUGCCAGUGUAACCUUGGCUACAAGGGCAAGUACUGCGAGGUGAAAGAGUGCCCUGAGCCUUCGUUCCCGGACGCACAGGCUAGUUUUACCCGCAUUGACGACGAACUGCAUGUGGAGUGCCACGAAGGAUACGUUCUUCCCCCAGGCACGGUACUUGGAGGAGUGACACUCUGCAGGGACGGUGCCUGGGACCUCCCGGACGACUUCAGGUGUCAGCCUACUUGCAUAGAUGGGUGCCAGAACGGUGGCACUUGCAUAGCUCCGAGCCAGUGCCAGUGUAGCCCUGGGUACAAGGGCAAGAACUGCGAGACGAGAGAGUGCCCUGAGCCUUCAUUCCCGGACGCACAGGCUACCUUUGCACGCACUGACGACGACGGACUGCGAGUGGAGUGCCACGAAGGAUACGUUCUUCCCCCGGGCACGACGUCUGGAGGAGUGGCAUCCUGCAAGGAUGGUGCCUGGGACCUCCCGGUCGAUUUCAGGUGUCAGCGUAAGUUCCAGCCUCUUUCAGAAUUUUUCUAUAUCCAUAACUAUGACCCUCACAUCGCGCGUGAAGUCCGCCUGAGCGAGCAAUGUGCGGGCCUAAGAUGGAGAGCCUCUGCUGAUGUCAUGAAGGCUUACCGCUCUGGGUACAAGGGCAAGAACUGCGAGACGAGAGAGUGCCCUGAGCCUUCAUUCCCGGACGCACAGGCUACCUUUGCACGCACUGACGACGACGGACUGCGAGUGGAGUGCCACGAAGGAUACGUUCUUCCCCCGGGCACGACGUCUGGAGGAGUGGCAUCCUGCAAGGACGGUGCUUGGGACCUCCCGGUCGAUUUCAGGUGUCAGCCUAACUGCAUAAAUGGGUGCCAGAAUGGAGGCACUUGCAUAGCUCCAAGCCAGUGCCAGUGUAGCCCUGGGUACAAGGGCAAGAACUGCGAGGAGAGAGAGUGCCCUGAGCCUUCAUUCCCGGACGCACAGGCUACCUUUGCACGCACUGACGACGACGGACUGCGAGUGGAGUGCCACGAAGGAUACGUUCUUCCCCCUGGCACGGCGCCUGGAGGAGUGGCACUCUGCAAGGACGGUGCCUGGGACCUCCCGGACGACUUCAGGUGUCAGCCAAACUGCAUAAAAGGGUGCCAGAAUGGGGGCACUUGCAUAGCUCCGAGCCAGUGCCAGUGUAGCCCUGGGUACAUGGGCAAGAACUGCGAGGCGAGAGAGUGCCCUGAGCCUUCAUUCCCGGACGCACAGGCUAGCUUUAACCGCACUGACAACGAACUGCAAGUGAAGUGCCACGAAGGAUACGUUCUUCCCUCAGGCACAGUGCCCGGAGGAGUGGCACCCUGCAAGGACGGUGCCUGGGACAUCCCGGAUCACUUCAGGUGUCAACUAAAAGCUUCAUAUGAACAUGAUUAUGACUGUUAUAGUAAUACUCUCCCAAGAUUAUUACACAUAAAGAUGACGGACACUCUCCGAAGCCAGUGCCAGUGUAGCCCUGGGUACAAGGGCAAGAACUGCGAGGCGAGAGAGUGCCCUGAGCCUUCAUUCCCGGACGCACAGGCUACCUUUGCACGCACUGACGACGACGGACUGCGAGUGGAGUGCCACGAAGGAUACGUUCUUCCCUCUGGCACGGCGCCUGGAGGAGUGGCACUCUGCAAGGACGGUGCCUGGGACCUCCCGGACGACUUCAGGUGUCAGCCAAACUGCAUAAAAGGGUGCCAGAAUGGGGGCACUUGCAUAGCUCCGAGCCAGUGCCAGUGUAGCCCUGGGUACAUGGGCAAGAACUGCGAGGCGAGAGAGUGCCCUGAGCCUUCAUUCCCGGACGCACAGGCUAGCUUUAACCGCACUGACAACGAACUGCAAGUGAAGUGCCACGAAGGAUACGUUCUUCCCUCAGGCACAGUGCCCGGAGGAGUGGCACCCUGCAAGGACGGUGCCUGGGACAUCCCGGAUCACUUCAGGUGUCAACCUAUCUGUGUAAAUGGGUGCCAAAAUGGAGGCACUUGCAUAGCUCCAAGCCAGUGCCAGUGUAGCCCUGGGUACAAGGGCAAGAACUGCGAGGAGAGAGAGUGCCCUGAGCCUUCAUUCCCGGACGCACAGGCUACCUUUGCACGCACUGACGACGACGGACUGCGAGUGGAGUGCCACGAAGGAUACGUUCUUCCCCCUGGCACGGCGCCUGGAGGAGUGGCACUCUGCAAGGACGGUGCCUGGGACCUCCCGGACGAAUUCAGGUGUCAGUCAAACUGCAUAAAAGGGUGCCAGAAUGGGGGCACUUGCAUAGCUCCGAGCCAGUGCCAGUGUAGCCCUGGGUACAUGGGCAAGAACUGCGAGGCGAGAGAGUGCCCUGAGCCUUCAUUCCCGGACGCACAGGCUAGCUUUAACCGCACUGACAACGAACUGCAAGUGAAGUGCCACGAAGGAUACGUUCUUCCCUCAGGCACAGUGCCUGGAGGAGUGGCACUCUGCAGGGACGGUGCUUGGGAUCUCCCAGACGACUUCAGGUGUCAGCCUAACUGCUUAAAUGGGUGCCAAAAUGGAGGCACUUGCAUAGCUCCGAGCCAGUGCCAGUGUAGCCCUGGGUACAAGGGCAAGAACUGCGAGGCGAGAGAGUGCCCUGAGCCUUCAUUCCCGGACGCACAGGCUACCUUUGCACGCACUGACGACGACGGACUGCGAGUGGAGUGCCACGAAGGAUACGUUCUUCCCCCUGGCACGGCGCCUGGAGGAGUGGCACUCUGCAAGGACGGUGCCUGGGACCUCCCGGACGACUUCAGGUGUCAGCCUACCUGUGAGCGCCCGGGCUGUCAGAAUGGCGGACGAUGCGUGGCACCGAACCAGUGCCAGUGUGAAGACCAGUUCACGGGCGAACACUGCCAGGUGCGACGUUGUGAAGAGCCCCAGGUCAGGGCCAUCAGUGCCAAUCUGACAGUUAAUGAGACGCACCUAACGGCAGAGUGCGAACCCGGGCAUGCGUUUCCACACGGUGGCACUGUGGCAACGCUGCAUUGCCAGGACGGAGAGUGGCACUCUGAAGAGCGGGUCGUCGCUGCCAACAGCACUCUGGAGUGUACCCCUCAGGAAACGCCGUGUUACUACCCGUCUAAGACCUUCAACAACACGAUCAUGGAAGGGGAUCUCUUCAGCCACUCGCUGAGGUGUCCGCGAGGGUUCCGGAUGAGGGACGGCAGGGACGGCGUCGCCCUCGUGUGCCUCGAGGAAGAGUGGAUCGUCCGGGGGGAGGGCCCGAUGGCGGACCUCGACCUCAACUGCUAUCCCGUGUGAGGAGAGGCGAGGGCGGGCCGGCGGGGACCAGGGGCGUGUGCCUCGUGCGUAGGGCCGCGCAAGGACGCCCAUGGAGUCAGAAACAGAAAAGCGUGCCUGUUAGUGUUCAACGGCCAGCUUCUCGGAAGUCACUCUAGGUCCUCGAGCAGUUACUUUAUAGUCAUCAGAAGGAAGAAAAUAAAAUACUUAUGAUAAUUUUUUGAAUACCAUUCUAGACAGAAUGGCCGUGGGAAUUAUAGGCAUCCUGCAGAUACAUAGUGAUUUUCGUUGAUACGUUACGAGGAAGGCCAACAAUCUUGAUCUCAAUACCCCAUUAAAGGGGGCAAAAUAUAAUAAAUAUGCAACAAAAAUAUGUUUUUUGAAAUAAGGAGCCUAUCAUUAUCGGAAGCCGAGGCCCCAUGAACAAGGCUUUAGCUUCUACAUACAAUUUACCUGUUGAAAACCACAUAUGUUUGUAGUAUACCUUUCUUGGGUUCUAUCGAUUAUGCUGAAUUGCCUGUCUAAUCUCCACUUUGUUUAACACUUGAUGGGCUCUGAUACCCCCCCUUGGUCGAUCUGAAGGUCUCGCAAUUCAAAAACAAUUCUUUACGCAAGUGUGAAGUAGAACAAGACCCGUUGUAGCAGAGAUCACGGACUCAUGCAAUCAAAGAAAGACCUGGUGUCGUCGUCUAAAUUAACAUGCAAAAUCAGUUAACACUUAACAUGCCAAGUCUUAAUCACUUAAUCUUGAGCACUGCUAACCGUGUAAGUAAAAUAUAGACGUUCAAUUAACAACAAACGACAAGAGGUAUGAGGACAGAAUCACCAGUCCAUUUUAAUCUGUGGAAAGCAAGAAGGCCGCGUUCUUUCUGCCAUCUGUUUAGGGGCAACGAUAUCAUAUUAUCUCAAAUGUUGCGAUGCUGAAAUUAUAUACCCAUCUUUACUAUCAUCGUCGGUUAUGAAAAAGCAAUUCUUAUAUAAUUUUGACAAGAGGUCCUUCUUUUCUGAAGCGAGAGAGUCUUCAGAAAAUCAAGGUCAGAGUUCUGUUCAUCUCGGAUUAAUAAAUUUGCGAAAGUUGA